GAUGAUCAGCUAUGUAGGACCUCACACUUUCACCAGACUUGCAUCCCGAGGAGCUAAAAAGACAACGUUGACUAGAUAUGAUGUGCCACAAUCUUAGUCACACUGCUGCGGACUGAACAGGAAUUUGAAACUGUUUCGUGUGGAUGGUAACACUACGGCACAUUGUCAUUUACCCAUCUAUGGAUUUUCCAUGUUCCACUGAUUUGACUCAAACCCAGGAGAGGUAAAAUAAGGCAGAUCUCAACGGUUUGCAGGUGUAGCAGUUGAGCCUGCUGUGGACAUGGGACCGUAUGUUCGCUUCGAGGGAUAUUGCGCCGGAGGAAUAGAGUCUUCCUGAAGGAAAGCUGUGUUCGGAACUAAGGGGAGAGCUGCGGGUCUGCGCGCCACAAUGAUGCGUUCCAACCAUGGUUUUAUCCUGCUUCUCUUGAACGGAACAGCGUGCUUGCUGGCCCUGGGUCAAGAAGAAGACUUGUCCAGCCCUAAAGGCCCGUCAGACGAGUCGACCAAGAUGGUGGGCGUGCUGACCGGUCAGACGCCUCCGUCCCCUCUGAGUCGCUGGAUGCUCCACAGCAAGAGCCGUGCGGCCAACGCCACGUCCCUGGAGCUGCCCUACCGCUCCCCGGUGCCCUUCUCCAAGCAGGAGUUCUGGGAGAUGCUGGGCAGCGACCUGAUGAAGCCCGACACCUCCUCCAGCUCCAGGGUGAAGCGCAGGCCCAUCGUCAAGACGGGCAAGUUCAAGAAGAUGUUCGGCUGGGGGGACUUCUACUCCAACAUCAAGACGGUACGCCUCAACCUGCUCAUCACCGGCAAGAUCGUGGACCACGGGAACGGGACGUUCAGCGUCUACUUCCGGCACAACUCCACGGGCCAGGGCAACAUCUCUGUCAGCCUGGUGCCCCCGGUCAAGGCGGUGGAGUUUGACCUGGAGCGCCAGAGCGUGGUCUACCCCAAGGACUCCAAGAUCUUCAACUGCCGUGUGGACUAUGAGAAGGUGGACCGCAGCAAGCGCACCUCGCUGUGUAACUACGACCCGUCCAAGACCUGCUUCCAGGAGCAGACUCAGAGUCACGUCUCCUGGAUCUGCUCCAAGCCCUUCAAGGUCAUCUGCAUCUACAUCUCCUUCUACAGCACGGACUACCGCCUGGUCCAGAAGGUCUGCCCGGACUACAACUACCACAACGAGAUGCCCUACCUGCCUUCGGGGUAG